GUUUAAUUUAUAUACGCAUGGUAAUUUAUUACAUAAUAGUAAUUGAUUUCUUAGUUAUUUAAUAUAAUUAUAUUUCUUAGUAAAUAAUUAUAUCAACACCCUUACAAAUCUUCAUUUAAAAAGAAUUAAUAAAUCCUUGUUAAUUUUUAUGUUGAUUACAAUCUUUGAUAUUUACACCUAACAGUUUAUCAACGUUUUAUCUUUGGUAUAACUUUUAAAUUGCAACAAUAGCAUUUUUGAUAUCAACAUUACAAUGAUUCCACCAAAAUAGGUUUAUUUUAACAACUAGUGCAUAAUUAAUUAAGGAUAAGUAAGAGUAUAAAGGGCAACCUUAAUUAUCCUAAGGCAUCUAGUCCUUUCUUUCAAGAUUCAAUGUCGAUGGGAAGGAACAUAAGUUUAGUGCUUCUUGCAGAUUUGGAUAUUUAUAAUAUCUGAGUUGUUUUUAUCUGCCUUCUUUGGCUUCCUUGAUAGUUUAAAUUAUUAUCCCGCCCACACAUGACACACCCAUCAAAUAUGCAUAACAUAUGUAUUAACUUUCAGAUUUAAUUACGAUAUCAUUGACUCAAGUGUAUAAUGAUUUGUUCGAGCGUCUAAGAGCAUCUCCAACCCCACUCCAUAUGUUACUCCAAAAUAGAAAAAAUGGAGUGGGAAAUGGAGUGAUGAACAAAAAAUAAAAGCAUUACUCUAUAAAUGGAGUAAUCCUUUUAUUUUUGUUCAUUACUCCAUUUCCCACUACAUUUUCUCAAAUUUGGAGUAAAAUAUGGAGUGGGGUUGGAGAUGCCCUAACAAGCACUCAUAUCGAUUCUAGCAUCGUAGACGUAAAAUGUUCUGAUAUGUUUUAGGGUCACUGAUUUGCAGGUCUAAAACGAGAUUCGUUUCUCUUAGGUUUUGUAUGAUUUAAAAUUACUUUGGAUCGUGUUCGAAGACAUAAUUGGUUCGAAUGUCUAAUAAUACUACUUAAUCUAUCCCAUAUUGUGUUAAUGCAUAUAUUAAAGUUACCUGAAGAAAGCCACUAUCGCAGAUCACAUUGUACAUAUAAGCUCAUACUAAAACUGAAAGCAUGCAUUGGGAUAAGUUAUUACAAAUAAAUUCAUAAAUUUAGGAGUGGAGAAUCAAAAUAAGCUUUAUGCUCCUACAAGACAAGAAAAACAAUCCAUGUGUCAAUCAUAGAUACGAUCUUGAGAGCCAAUGAGCGCAAAGAUGCGAGGCAAAAGAAGCAACAGAUCGAACACACACUUUCUUGGUUUUGCAGUUUGAUGCAUUUUUCUUUGUAAACUAAGUUUGAUGCAUUUUUAUUUGACAAAGAUUCUUUACUUUGCUUCCUUCUUGCUUACUUAACCUGCUCUAUCAAUCCAUCAUCUCCUUAAAGAGAGACAUGUCCCGUCUUUAUCAUUCUUUUAAGAAUAAUUCUAACCAUAAUGGAAAGUUUAAUGUUGAAAUAAGACAAAAUUAAUUUUUACGUUCUAUUUUAUUUUAAUUUUGAACACCAAAUUUUACACUUAAAAUAAUAUUUCUAUUAAUAUAUUAUUGAUUUUAGUUUUAUUAAUUAAUAGUUAUUUGUAAUUAAUCAAUUAUCAUUUACAAAUAAAAAGAAAAUUGAAAAUUUUAGAAAGGAAAUGAUUAUUUAAAAUUUUUAUAUCCUAAAAAUGAUUUUAGCAUAUUAUAUUAUUAAAAAAAAAUUAUUUUUAGUUACAAAUAUAAAAUUUACCUAUAUUAUUAAAUGAAAAAUCCAUCAUACUUGAAUAUUAACUAUCGUGAAAAUAAAAUAUAAAUGGUGUAAUAUAUUUAUUAUUAUAAGAUUUAACCUAAUUAAUAGCACUAAUUCAACUUUUUUUUGCACAAGCUUUUAACUAUAUUAUUAUUAAAUACAAAUAUAUUAUCUAAAUGUUUUGUGUGAUGUAUAAUGUUACAAAAUUGGAGUAAUACUAUUUACAAAACACCAAAUUGAAUGAAAUGAAGUUACUUUUGGAGUUCCGUUAGAAUUAAGUUACAAAAAAUCUGGUAUUUUGGGGUUCAUUGAAGUUGGCCGUAGAAAUAAAUUGUUGCAGAUUUUAAAAAUCCGAGAUUAAAGUUUCGAGUAUUGAAAUAAUUAUGUAGUGUUGUAAAUACAUUAUUCUGACCAUGAAAUAGUUUAACAAGAUCACGACCUAUUUAGAACGUUGCUUUGCACACCAUUUUAUGUGGUAAUGGCAAAUUUAUAUCAUUUUGUAGCCUCAUUCUAUUAAUACUUUUAAUAUUAACACUGACUGACAAAAAUAUGUUAAUUGGAUACAUCACCACCAAAUUAACUAUUAUAUACUUAAUUACCGACUGUCUAAAGAUGAAAAAAAAUUAAUUAAAGAGAAUAUAAUCUUAUAUUAGCUAAAUAAAAAUAAAAAGAUUUAAGUGGCUAAAGCCAUUUAGUCCAUAGAAGACGAUUCUACAUUCCAUUGAUUAAAUCUAACCUCUUUUUCAACAUAAUAUGCAUAAAAAGCAUAAGGGCAUACAACAUUGGUCGAAAGAUAAUUGAGCUUAACAAAAGCUCCAUCAUUCAAAUUAUUCUGGUAUACUAUGUAAAGAUAAAAUAAACAUCUAAUGCAUAUUUCUUUCGAACGUUAAUUGCAGACUUUUGAGAAAUAGUCUUCCUGGAAAAGAUUUUUCUCAUAUUCCAAGAAGAAAAAGUGAGUUGAAACUUGAAAACCGCGUACUGCUGAAGAAGAAAAAGAUUCAGGAGUUUGUCACGUAGACGAAGGGAAAAGUAAAGAUGGCCAAAAAAUAUAUAGAUAAUGGGAAAAUAAUUAACUUAAUCAAUAAAUAAAUACAGUUAACAAAAGCUACUACUGGAACCUAACAUGGUCCGGUCGUUGGUUCUCCACCACGGUAGUUUGCACAUGAUACCUCUUUAAAUAUUGACUAGUUGUGUUCAAUCGUUAAUUAACAUUGGGUUUUGCUAUAUUAUCAAACAGCCAUUUCCCGAUCUACAAAUAUGUACGGGCUCUGUGUUCAUUUUUGGUACUCCAAUAAUUAAUUAAAAGUUUAUUUGGCUGAUAAAAGGACUUAAUCUGUUAAAUUGGAGAGCUCCCUUCGUCUAAUAGGAUGCUAAAUAUACACACACGUUAAGAUAAAUGGUUUUCCUAUUCCAUAAAUGACUUACCUAUAAAAAGACUAAUUAAUUUGGAUAAAUUUUAAAUUUUAAUUACAUGCAUGCAGACUUUAGAUGUCAAUAUAAAUUAAUUGACUGACUACUAAAAACUAAGAGUAAUGUUUGAAUAAAGUCAUCUGGAACAUUCUAGUUAUCAUUUGGUGGAAAGGGUGGUUAAGACUGGACAUUUGAUCCGUCAAAUUUGAUUUGAUUUGUUAUUUGUUUUCAUCCGAUCUAAAAAAAAUUGAAUAUCAGCAAACUUUGAAGCAAAGCAAAUAGUAGAAAUAGAUAUCGGUUAAAUUUGAAACAAAUCACAUAUACUAUACUAAAAUUUUGAGAAGCAAAUAUCUGCUCUGAUCCAGAAAAUGUAUAAAUACAUGUAUAUCUUGAAUAAAUUUAGAGUUUUAAGCGUAUAAAUUAUUUAUAAUUAUCAUUCUAACAUAUAGUUUAAUAAUUUCUAUUCACAUUAUUACUUAUGAAAGUAUUAAAUCAGAAAACCUUGUAUGACUAUUAUAAGAUUUUCUUAAGUUUUCUCUUAUUAUUAUUGUUAACUAAGUUAAAAAAUUUACAAAACAUGUACUUUCACUAUUUUUUAAUUUUAUUCUAUAUAUCAUGUAAAAUAAAUAAUUUAAAGAACAAAUUUAUAUCAAAUUUUCUAAAUUAUAUGUAUUAAGUAAAAAAAUAUUUGAUAGCAGUAAGUAUUCGCAAAUAUCCAUAUAUUUUUUGGAUAUCUAUAUUUUUUGAAACAAAACAAAUCGAAAAAUUAAAUAUCUAUAAAAUAUGAAGCAAAUCACAAAUACUGAAAAUUCUCGUAGUAUUUGCUUUGUGCCCACGCUUAGCUAUAAAGCCAUUUGGGAAUUCAAAUUUUGUUACUUUAUGUCCCCAUAUCAUACGUUCAAUAUCCUAUAUCUUGUGUCAAAGUAGUUCUGGUGCACAGAAAGACAAAAUUGCAUAUUGAUUUUUCUUUCCAUCUCACAAGCUUUGAAUGUCUCUUUUCUGUCUUCUCAGUUUACUUUAUUCAACAUACUUAAAAAUUAGGGUUUUUGCACUAGAUAUACAAAAUAAGAGGUAUAAUUAGCUAAAUGGCUAUGGCUACUGUACAUUUUCCAUAAUCCCAACAAUAACCUUACUGAAGCUCUCAGAUAUAGGUCUGACAAAAGUUCUAUCUUUAUCCUCCAAACAAACGUCUGAAAUUAUGAUGAUUAUAGAAAAAUCGAACCCAACAUUAUUUAUGGUGUACAUAAAAACUUCAUCUCUUUUUUUUUUAUCUUUCUUAAAGCUCUUAUUCCUCUAUAGAUAGUCAUCUCUUUUAUUUAUGGUGUCUUCCUCCCAUCCUGAAAAGAUAUACAUAACAACAAUCCCAGAAAAAAAAAAUUGAGUCUUUCUAGUGAAGAAAAAGAAAAAAAUUCAAAAACUUUACAUCUGGGUUCACUGAUUUUAAGAUAGAUCUUCAGCUUUUUCCUGCAAUGGUGAUGGCAGCAGGGGAAUUGAAGUUUUAUGUGUUAGUUGUUGAUGGUAUUGCAACAGCGUAAUUGUAAGAAUGUUAGAAAGAUCUAAGCUUUUAUGUUUUUUUUUUGUGUUUCUGGGUUUAAGAUAAGGUAUUGAGAAUAACGAUCCAAUCGUUGUAUGUACUCCAUUGUAUGUAAAAUCGCUGGGUUUCCGAUUUGUGUCAGCUAUAUGUACUCCAUUGUAUGUAAAAUCAGAAUGAAAAUGGAAUUUCCAGAAAGUAGGAUUACGUAUUGCAUAUAAAUUAACUGUUUGGAAUUCUAGUGACAGGGAUGGACAAAAAGUCUUAUGCAAAGGGUUGUUUUGGAUCACAGCUUCACAAACGAUUCCAGUUAAUGGAAGUAGCCGGUAGCAGAUAAAAUAGAGAUGGAUUCAGUCGAUUGCAACAAGGAUAAUAUGGACUUUCAAUGCAGUUCUUUCUCCUGGUUUGCCAAUUAAUAAAAAAAAUGUCCAUUUAGCUAAUUUCCAUUCUUCUUUUGGUUAUUCAACCAAAUGAGCCUAAAAAUUACCUAUUGAAAUAGGAAUAUAUUUUGAUACAGUAUUAUACCUAAUAAAAAUUGUAAAAUAGAGUUGGAUUUUGUUACAACUAGUGCAUGUCAGGUCAUAAGUCACAUCAUACGUAGGCUUAAUAAAUCAAGUAUAAUCUAGGAUUUAAUUUUGUACAAGUUAGAGAAGAAAUGGCUAGUACAUUAAUACAAACCCCAAAAACAACAAACAAUGCUUUAGUGGCUUUCGUAUGUAAAGCUAUGUGCUUUGUAUGAAUGCUAGAUGAAUACUUAACAUAUAACGUAUAAAAGCACAUACAUAUAUUAUAUAUAAGAGAAAAGGAGGCUUGUGUGGAGAAAAGGUGCUUUAGAAAUUCGAAGCAGAGAAGGGAGUGGGAGAAUCUGAUAAUGAAGAUUAUAUAUAAAGAGAAGAAGGUGGCAUGAGUUUGGUCAUAACUUUCACAGUUUUCUCCCAAGAAAAACAGAAACCAAACAGUAAGUGGGGAACCUCGAAGCUAGUUCAAACUAGUGGGAGGUUGAUCCACGUUCGAACUUCAAAUCCAAAUUUAAACACAAAUUCAAACGUUUGAUCAUUACACAAUGGCUCGUGGAAAGAUUCAGCUGAAGAGGAUCGAGAACCCGGUUCACAGACAAGUGACGUUUUGCAAGAGGAGAACCGGUCUCCUCAAGAAGGCUAAGGAGCUCUCUGUGCUCUGCGACGCUGAGGUCGGCGUUAUGAUUUUCUCUCCCCAGGGCAAGCUAUUUGAGCUCGCUACUAAAGGAACAAUGGAAGGAAUGAUUGAUAAGUACAUGAAGUGUACUGGUGGUGGUGGUCGUGGUUCUUCUUCUGCUACUUUUACUGCUCAAGAACAACUUCAACCUCCAACUCUUGAUCCAAAAGAUCAGGUCAAUGAGCUUAAGCAAGAGAUUGAUAUGCUUCAGAAAGGAAUAAGGUAUAUGUUUGGAGGAGGAGAUGGGACGAUGAAUCUUCAAGAACUUCUUUUGCUUGAGAAGCAUCUUGAGUAUUGGAUUUCCCAUAUUCGCUCUGCUAAGAUGGACAUUAUGCUUCAAGAAAUUCAGUCCUUAAGGAACACGGAAGGGGUCCUCAAAAAUGCCAAUAAGUACCUCCUCGAAAAGAUUGAGGAGAACAACAAUAGCGUAUUAGAUGCUAACUUCGCAACUGUGGAGACUAACUAUUCUUAUCCGCUAACAAUGCCAAGUGAAAUAUUUGAGUUCUAGAUCAUACGGUAUUUGAAGACUAGUCUUGCGAUAUCAAAUGAUCUUGGUAAGUAUAAUCAGUGUUGUUAAAUCACACAUAAUUAUAAUAAAGCAUGUGGAACAUGCUAUGCUGUUGAAAUUUCUGUGUGUUUUUUCCCUCUUAUUUCUACUUUGCUGGUGUGAGCAAUAUAAUGACUACAAGUAUGGUGUGUACUUAAAGUUUUUCUAAUUCUAUGUAUGAUUGAAUUUGUGGACUAUCGUUGCGUUGAGGAUACCUAGCCUCUUUUGUUUCAGUG